CUCAAUUUGUUAGUGAGCCCGCUGCCUGCCCCUGAGGCCACGGGUCAGCCGCAGCUCCUCGAUGCGGCGCACCACACCGGCCAGAAGCUGCUCGUAGUCACCAAUGCCUGAAAUAUACACACGCAGGUGCCUGCACCCCCUUGGCGUGUGCGUGCGGCCUGCAUACUGUCAAUGAGCCGCUGGUCGUCCACACUGGGCUCCAGCUCUCCCAGGUCGGCAUCUCGCUUCAAGUCAUUGAUCUGCAUGCAGUGAGUGAUCUCAUGCAUGCAUCGAUAAACCACCAAUUGCCAGCCAACCAGCCAGAUGGCAGGUACCUGCUGAAUUUUCCUGCGCAGGUCGCGCUCUUCCUCGCACAGACGUGUGAUCCGGGCCUCGAAGUCCUGACCACACACACCGAGACAGACACCCAAGGGCACACCACAGCAGACGCAUCCAUCCAUCCAUCCAUCCAUUCAUUCAUCCCAACAGGGCAGUGAGUGCGUGUGUUGCUUGCCUCGGGCGGCUGUUGGCCUCCCUCCCCCACCCUCUCACGGCCGCCGCACCCAUAGCCGUACUCACUGCCGGCCGCUCCGUACAUGCUGGGAGGGCCGUGUACCGAUUCCUCAACUAACCAAUGCACACAACACACAGAGGACAGCGUUUCUCAGCCAGCAUAUGCAGACGCGGACGGACGUCUCACCCACCUUCACUCUGGUCGUCCGCAUCGCCACAGCCACCUGCCGCACGGCUGUUGCCGCUGCUCCCGCCCGCACCCGCACCCAACUCGCUCCACUCCCCGGUGGACGGCGCAUUGCUGUGGUUGGUUCGGAAGGUGUCGAUGUAGGAUGCGGGCUCUGGUUUUCUGUCGGGGCAGGUGCGCUCGUGCCGCUCCAUCUCAGUAUCAUUCCAGGCCACUGCACCACACACAGACACAGACGUAGACACAGGUGGGGUACGUUUUGCAAUGGAUGGACAUCAUGGACGGGCGGGGGAUGCGUACGUACUGUGAAGGUCGUUGUACUGGCAGUACUUGAGCUGGUCCUUCAUCUCCCGAUACGCCGUGCACCUGUAUUCGUAGUGCCGCCUGUCGCGCACACACACAGACACACACAAAGCACAGGUGCCGAGUGAAUAUUAAGCAUGUGUGCCGGCGCGGGUGCUGUGUGCACCGUAGCUUCGAUUUGGGCACCAGGUGGCCGAAGAAACAUUGUACUUUCUCCUCUGCAAUGCACACAUCCACACGACAGUGAGUGACACCAAAGGGAUGGCAGCGCCUGCCUGCCUGCCUGCAUUCAGCAUGCAGCACACCUGUGUCGAGCUCAUGCCCCUGCUUCUUCGGGCCAAUCUCCACCAUGACCAUGCAUACAUACAUGCAGUACUCGAUCAUGCGAUGGAAAAUUGCAAAGGAUAAUAGAAGCGAUGGACGACUGCACUGCCACCUCCCCUCAUUCUCCACUUGAGGAGGGGAAGAGAGCG